GGAUAUAGAAGACAUAGAGGAAAAGAUAAGGGAAGUUAUAAUGAAGGCUGCAAAAUUAGCAAUACCUAUAAGUAAAGGAAAGAGAACAAAGAAAGAAGUACCAUGGUGGACACAAAAAUGUAGUGAAGCAAUAAGGAAAAGGAAUCAAACUUUUAGAAUACUGAGGAGAACACAUAAUUAUCAAAAUUUAAUUGAAUAUAAAAAAGCACAGGCAGAAGUUAGGAAAGUAAUUAAGAAAGCAAAGAAAACAAAAUGGAGGGAUUUUUGUGACACAAUAGGAAGAACAACUCCUUUAGCUAAAGUAUGGGGAAUGAUUAAAAAAAUGAGAGGGAAUCGAUGUGAGAGAAAUUAUCCAAUUCUUAAAUUUGAACAAGAAACAGCAAUAACAAAUGAGAAGAAAGUAGAAAUAAUGGCAAAAACAUUUGCAAAGAUUCAUAGUUCAGAUAAUUUAUCAGAGCAUGGAAAGUAUAGAAGAAAUCAGACACAAGAGGCUAAUAAGAAUAUUUUAGAUUGUCAAACAAAAACAGAGAAUAUAAAGGAUUCUCCAUUUUCCAUACAAGAAAUGAAAAGAGCAAUAGAUAAAACAGGACUAACAGCACCAGGAAAAGAUCAAAUAUGUUAUAUUAUGUUAAAACAUUUGGGAAAUCAAAUAGAAAAAAAAACUUUUAGGACUGAUUAAUAAAAUUUGGGAAGAAGGGAGG